AUAUGGCUACAAAGAAAAGAGAAAAAAAAUCAAGGAUUGUUGCGAGAUUCCUGUCCUAUGUCGCCCUAAGAACGCAGCAAAGAGUACUAACAAAAAUGAUCUACAGACUGGCUCUCAACUCCCCGAAAUCCCGCUAUCUAAAAAUAGAUCCUUACCUAAAAAUAAACGGACUUGUCAUCGAAGCCAGGAUGUUGCUACAACAUGGAAAUAACUUUGAGUAUCGGAAAUUUUUCGGCAUGAACAAAUUAGAGUUCAAAACACUCUCUAUGAAACUUACUCCAAAACUCUUGUCUACAUCGAAAGAAGAGAUGCCUCCAGGGAUGUCUCCAGAAGCUAAGUUGGCCUGUACAUUGAACUACCUCCGAAGCGGUUCAAGUUUCACAGUUCUGGCCAUUUGGUGGUCAAUUAGCUCGCAACACUUGGAUUUUGUUGUUAAACAGGUUUGUCAGGCUCUGUGUGAUCUUUUGAGUGUAGAGGCUGAUUGCCGCCCGAAAAGUCUCGAAGACUGGCUUAAAAUAGCUGACGAGUUCGAUAGUAGAUGGAGGUUGCCCCACUGUCUAGGAGCGGUGGACGGGAAGCAAGUGAAAGUAGUGAAGCACCCAAGAAGUGGUUGCCUCCUCCACAAUUACAAGGAUGAGUCUAUCAUCCUCCUUGCUGUUGUCGACGCAAAGUACAGGUUCAUACAUUUUAAUGUGGGGGCGUCUGAUUCAAGGAGUGUAUGGGCAGAGGACAGACUUGGGUCAGCUCUGAACAAGGGCCACCUUGACAGCUUUAUUCCUGCACCAAACUACCUCCCUAGAGACGAGAAGAGAUCUUGUGGAUUGGUCAACUACUUCUUCGUCGGGGACGACGCUUUCGGGCUUCAGCCCCACAUGAUGAAGCCAUUCAGGGUUAGGAACGGGAUGAAGGACAAGGAUCUAAUGGAUAAUACCAACUACCGCUUAUCCAGUGCGAGAAAGGUGGUCGAGUGUGGUUUUGGGCACUUGGCCCGAAAUUUCAGAGUUUUUGAUGUUCUCCAUACGAGAAAGGAGAUGACUUCCUUAGUUGUGAGGACGUGUGUUCACAUCCACAACUUCCUUCGGCUCAGCAGAGAGGAUGAGGAAAAGGAGAUCAGACAGAUCAUGAAGCCGGCGAAGAGAAAUUUUGAGUCGAUUUUUCUUCCUCCCCGACCCUUCUCCCGGCCACUCUUGGUGGAGAAGGCUGAAGUUAACCGUUACCGACUUCACCUUUACUUCAACUCUGUUGAUAUAGUUAAAAGGAAAAAGAAGAGAAGAAGCCGGAAAUAAAUAACUAUAGAAAUUUGGUGGUUUCAAUUUAGUAAGCCGGCUCCCCUGUUCACUUAAUCUCCAGUUUGGGCUGUGGAAAGAAAUCAAGACAUGUUAACCACAUUCCUGACUGCCACAAACAAUUUGACUAUCGAGGUUGUGAUCUUGAAACACAUGAUUGAAGGAAACUGGACGAACGUUCCAUCAGAUGGCUACCGUACUCUAUAAUAUAGUGUGGCAAAUCCAGAGAACGAUGUCAUGUUUACAAGUCUUGUCGUCCAGCGUGUAAAGGAAUCAGAUGUAACACAGCACCGUGCAGUGAUAGUCAUUGAUGAUAAGCAGCAAAAUUCCGACAUGAUACCAGUGACAUUAUCCCCAACUGAUAUUUUUAAAUUAUUCAGUUUAACUGUGAUAAAAGCCUUUAUUCAUUUUCAAAC